CGUAUCAGCUUUUCGUAAUCAGUUGGAAAGAGUAUUAUGUAAUCAGUUGGAAAGAGUAUUAUCGUACGGAUUUUUCUAAAUUUAAUACUCACGUUUAUUCUCAGUGUUCUUUUAAGUGAAGAGUCGGUUUCUUUUAUUUCAAAAUUUAAAAUUAAUUUAUUUCUAGCAUUUAUAUUCAGAUUUUUGUUGUGACUGAGUGGCAGCAUCCUCAUGAUUUUAGGAUUCAUAGUUUCGUCUGCUAUCGCUUGUUUUGAUUUUUUUGCAGGAUCCCUUGUGUAUCUGCAUGGUUUUGUGAUAGGAAAAAUAUGUCGAAGUACGGCUCUGUUACAUGGCAAGACUGUCAUAAUUACUGGAGGGAAUACUGGCAUAGGAAAACAGACUGCUCUUGACCUUGCAAGGAGGGGUGCUAAGGUUAUAAUUGCCUGCCGAGAUUUAGAGAAAGGGAAAAGAGCAGAAGAGUACAUUAAUGACCAAGUUCCAAAUGCCAAGGUUCUCAUCAAGUCCUUGGAUCUUGCCUCUUUCAAGUCCAUUCGAAGAUUCGCUUCUGAAAUUCUACAGAGUGAGCCAAAGAUUAAUAUCCUCAUCAACAAUGCUGGUGUUGCUGCCUGCCCUAAGUGGCUCACUGAAGAUGGCUACGAAAUGCAAUUUGGUACCAACCACCUUGGUCAUUUUUUGCUCACAACUCUACUCUUGGACCGCAUUAAAGCUUCAGCCCCAGCAAGGAUAGUGAAUGUUUCAUCUUUAGCUCAUAUUUUUGGAAACAUUAACUUUAAAGAUAUAAAUCUGGAUCGAGGAUAUCAACCCCUUCUGGCCUACUGUCGAAGCAAGCUCGCCAAUAUACUUUUUACCAAGGAACUGGCAAACAGAUUAAAAGGAACUGGAGUGACAACAUAUUGCCUGCAUCCGGGAGCUGUCCAUACUGAGCUUGGUCGCCACAUGGGGACGUCCUUUAGCAACAUUAUGGGACGUAUCUACCAUGUUUUCAGUCGUGCAUUUUUUAAAAGUGCUUACAAAGGUGCUCAGACCACCAUUUUCUGUGCUGUAGACGAAUCAUUGGCCAAUGAAAGUGGUUAUUACUACAGCAACUGCAGUAAAGUGGCACCAUCCAGAAGAGCUAGAGAUGCAGAAAUGGCGAAAAAACUGUGGGAGCUUAGUGAGAGUUUUGUCAAGACUGAAUAGAAAAAGAAACACCAUUCAUGUAAAUUAUAUUUUAUAAGCCAAAGACAUCACAUUUACAAUAAAGAUUUUUCUA